AUGAACCCCCACAGGGAGAGGAUUCCCCACUUGGGGAGAGGCAACCCGCCUGAGGGACCGAUGGGCCCCCCUUUGAAAAGUGUAGCAAACAAAAAAACGGAACCCCGAAUGAACCAAACAGACAUCACCAAACAGAGGUACACCCAAAUCGGAGACAGAGUUGUGAAGAUCACCUUCACGAGCGAUAAAAAAAAACGAAAGGAAUAUAAAAAAAGAAAGCAAAUGAAUAUGCUCAUUAGCCAAAAAAGGAAAAAAAAAAAAGAAUUUGAAAAAAAGAAAAAGAUGCUCCGCAAGAUGAACCACAUGAUUGAGACGGAGCGGGAAAAAGGCAACGCCUAUUUUUUGCCCAAAAAUUUUAGACAAAAAAAAAAAACCAAGCGAAAGAGGCUUAUCCUGCUCGAGAAGGAAGCCAAGCAAAGCGUCUACAGUGACCUACUGGGGGGGAUUCAAAAUGGAUCUUUCGAGAGGAAACCCCAAACGGCACUGCCCCCAAUGGAGGGAUCACCAAACGGUGGCAGAGAAGGUUACAUAAGGUUUGUCGCUCGAAAAGCCAGGUGGAGGGCUAUGGGACCCACCGACUCGGCUAACUGUGGGUGGGGCCAAGCGAAUGAGGAGGGAGAGACGAGACGCGACUCAACGGAGGGGCACCACUUGGAAGGAGCCCCAACUGGCACAACGGGUGACGCAGCCCAAAUAGGCGAAGAAGUCGCCCGCGUGAAAAGGUUCCUUCUCCUGUGGGGCGGGAAGUUCCCAAGAGGGGGGGUGCUGAGAAGUGGGUCCGCCGAAUGGACGCGGAAGGGCGCAGUGAGGCCCCCCGCCAAGGAGGUACACUCCCAGACGGACGAAAUAAACGUGUCCACUCACUCCGCUGACCACGCUGACCAGGCUGACCGCGGAAGGGGAGACCCCCCCAGCAGGGAACUAAUAAAAGAGCGCAUCCUGCAAAGCGAAACAAUUAUGAGCUACAUACAAACCACCAGGGUGGAAAAAAAAACGUUCAUAAACGAGUACGUCGAUCAGGUGAUUACAGAAGAGCUAAACGGUAUGGUCAAAUCAUUUUUAGGGAAACUUUCAAAAUCUCAGGAGAAGCUCCAUUUGAUGAGGACGAAGAAGAAAAGGUACUACUUGGGUCUCCGGGAGAGCUACAGACACAUUUGUAUUGAUGACCCCAAGUUGGUUCUUCUGGCGCCGAACAUUGAGCCGAUGACGAACGGGGUGUUCGACGAGCAGGUGCAUAAAAUCAUUUGCAAGUGCCGGGAGAAGGGCAUACCCUUGGUCUAUGCCUUAAGCAAGAAUUUGCUCGGCAAGUGCAUUAACAAGUCAAGGCAGAGCGUGAUCUGCGUGGUGGACAAUGACUCCUUCAUACGGGAGUGCGACGCGAUUGUGCGGCUGGCGAGUUCGCUCCGGGGCAUGCAAAGUUAG